GACUCUCUCUGGAGUUUGGUUCUACUUUUAGAACGGUUACUUUUUAUCAGAACUGCGCCGGAUGUGAUUUUUAGGGAAGCAGCAGCAGUAUCGUGCAGUAAUUAGCGGGACCUCAUCACAUACUUUGUGCUUGUUGGUUCGUGGAUGCGAGGCUGUUUCACUCUUCACUCACUAUGGACGGCUGAUUCACUACCGCACUGACUUCACAGAAUAUUUGCCAUGCUACAUGGGAAGGCUCUGAAUUCCACCCUGCUCUUCCUCCUCAUCCUCAUCAUCUUUGCCGCAGCUCAUGGUCGCUCCUAUCCUCGUUUUUCCCGUAAUGACACUGAAUUCCAGCACCUGGUGCUCCACCCAGACCCCUCUGUGGGGACGGUGUACAUUGGGGCCAAGAACCACCUUUUCCAGCUGGAUGGAUCAGAUGGACUCCGGCUGGAGCAGGAGGAGGCGACCGGUCCCGUAAGCGACAGCAAAGACUGCCUUCCCCCAGUCACUGAGUUCAACUGUCCCCAAGCCCGGAGAACCAAUAAUCACAACAAGUUGCUUCUGGUGGACCCAAAGGCGUUGGAGUUGAUCACUUGCGGCAGCAUCCACCAGGGCACCUGCCAGAAACGCAGCCUGGCGUCCAUCAAGAUAGUGAACUUUUCUACCGAGAGGCCCGUGGAUACGCAGUACGUUGCAGCCAAUGACCCAUCAGUGUCAACCGUGGGGCUGGUGGUGGGGCUUCGUGGCGGGGAAAGAACAGUGAUGUAUGUGGGUAGGGGCUACACCGCCAGCCACCCACCCAUCUCCACCCGCCACCUUUCAUCUGAACCCAUCUUUUCCUACGAGGAAACGGCCAAGCUGGCUGUCGCUGGCCGUCUGUCGGAAUACGACCACCAUUUUGUGAUGGCAUUCACACGCCGCACGUAUGUGUACUUCUUGUUUUACCGCCGUGACAUCAAGUCGACAUCAAGGGAGUACCGGACCUACGCUGCCAGAGUGUGCCUCGACGACACAUCCUACUAUUCCUAUGUGGAAGUUCCUCUCGUCUGCCGGUCCCCUUCGUCUCCAUCCAGGACUUACAACCUGCUCCAGGCUGCUCAGGUGGGACAAGGUGCAGGCUGGGAGGGUGAGGAUCUGCUGGGAGUCUUCUCCACUCGCAUCGGCUCCACAAACAACAGUCCCUUGGAUUCCUCAGCCCUGUGCGUUUACCCGCUGGAUGAGCUUGACAGACAUAUCGACUCCACCCGUGACCUCUGCUACACCCAGGACGGCCGCGUGGAGGGAAGAGGAGAGGUGGCCUACAUAGAGUAUGAGGUCAAGUCCAGCUGUGCCAACCUGCCCAUGAACACCCUGAAGGCGUACCCCUGCGGUUCUGACCACACCCCCAGUCCCAUGGCUAGCCGCUCGCCGCUGGAGGCUAAGGCUGUGUGGCACACCUCGGCUGCCCGUCUCACUGCUGUGGCUGUCAGUGUCAGAGAGGGCCACAGCAUCGCCUUCCUCGGAGACUCCAGAGGGACUCUGCACAAGGUAUAUUUGGGGCAAGAUGGCCAAGUGGAAGUAUAUGCGAACAUGACGAUCCAGCCCAACUCACCCAUUAACAGUGACCUUAUAUUGGACCAGAAUGGAGCACACAUCUAUAUCAUGACCAAGACUACUGUAGAGAAGCGUCCAGUAGCAGAAUGUGGAGACCACCUGGAUUGUCAAUCCUGCCUCUCUGCCAAAGACCCGUACUGUGGCUGGUGUGUCCUGGAGGGACGGUGUGGCCAGCGCUGGGAGUGCCGGCGAGGCUCUGUGCAGGGCCAGUGGCUGUGGAGCUUCAACCAGAUGCAGCAGUGCCUCAGUAUCCAGCACCUCAGCCUGUACAACAUCAGCCGGGGGGAGAAAACUGAUAUCACAGUGUCAGUAGAGGGCCUCCCAAGCCUAGCAGAAGGAGAAGCCUACUCAUGCUUCUUCCAGGACACAGAAGUUCCUGCCUCACCCACUAAAACUGGUGUAAUAUGCUCCACCCCUGAUGCCAGCAGUCUGCCUCCCAUUGGUCAUGGAGACGAGUUUGUGAUGGUGACCCUGUCCCUGCGAUUCACAAACGUGACGGUAGCAGAGACAGAAUUCACCUUCUACAACUGCAGCUUGGUCCAGCAGCUGUCUGGACGCAGGCCAUGCCAAGGGUGUGUUAGCAGUCGCUGGGGCUGCAACUGGUGCAUCCAUCAGCACGUCUGCACACACAAAUCAACCUGCAGCCAAGGAGUCACCAUCUACAACCAGAAUUUCAAACCGCCAACACCCACCAUCCCCCCACCCACCAGAACACAGACCCCUUUACCUCCCACCACCCGGGCUCCAACAACAACACCAACAACAACAACAACAACAACUGCCCCAACCACAACAUCACAGCCACAACCCACAGAGACACCUCCCCCCACCACAGCAGCUGCCCCUUCAACCUCCACUGCAGUGACACCACCCGCCACCACCACCUCGCCCCUCACCCUGGCCUCAACUUCCCCCUUUGUGAGGACCUUCAGCCAGGCCACAACCACACACACCAACGUCACCACCACCACAAGCGGGGCCCUCCCUGACGCAGAGGGGACAACAGAGAGCAGCACUACAAGAGCUGUUUCACAGGAGAAUAAAACCUUGAAUAUCACUGAUGGAGCUCCACACACUACAUUACCCAGCAGCACUAGUGCACCGGUAGUCCCUAUCCUGAGAUUAUUAGAGCCGUCUGGUGACACUCUUGGGUCUUCCUCUGAUGUAAGCUCAACCACCUCCAGCCAAGCGUCCCUUUUAAUAGACCUGCCUACCAGAGACCACACGGAGCCCGUCCCUCUGGCCGAAUCUGAAGACUCACUCCCCUGGUUGAAUGAGUGGGAGAAACCAGACGGAGUGGACUCUACGACAGGUUCAUCUGUUCCCAGCCAAAAGCCCUUCACCUCCACACAAUCACCUGAAACACUUACUGACCCCAGCUCUGAAUCUGCACCAGACUACCAGUCAGAUUCCUCCACUGACUCUUACUUCCUGGAAUGUCCGUGUGUGGAGAAAGUUCAGGAUUCCUCUCUGCUUCCUGUCAAUGUGGAGAGGAAAGUCACUCUGGUUGGACAACACCUGGACCUGUUUCAGGACGAGAACUUUGACUACGAGUGUGUGUUGGACAUUGAGAACCAGUCGGUGGUGGUGGAGGCCUCCGUGGAGCCAGACGCCUCACACCGAUCAGUCUUCUUGAUCACCUGCCAGCCCCACCAGUAUGCCUAUUCUGCCUUGAUGGAGGAAUACCCCGCCAUGAUCAACGUGAGGAGAAAAAACAACUUCCUCAUCGACACCGCUGACGAUCUUUAUGUCACCCUGUUCAACUGCUCAGUGGGCCGAUCAGACUGCAGCAGAUGUCGCACUGCCGACCCAAAGUAUGGCUGUGUUUGGUGCGGCGGUGCUGCAAGCUCUCGCUGUGUGUACCAGGACUCCUGCAGCGAGGAGAUCAAACACACCUGUCCUGCACCUGUCAUCCACUUUCUGGACCCAGUGUCCGGUCCCGUAGAGGGAGGGACGGUCGUCACUAUUUCAGGCUCCAACCUCGGCCAGAGAGCUGGAGACAUCCAGAACUCAGUCACAGUGGCUGGGGUCCCCUGCAGCGUCAUCCACAGCAGAUAUGAAGUCUCCUCAAGGAUCGUGUGUCAGACUACGAGCAGUGGAGGAGAGAAGAGCGGCCAGGCCUCAGUCAAAGUGAGGGGGGGGGGACUGGGACUGUCUGCUCAGAUCUUCAGCUUCCAGGAUCCCAUACUCAGCAGCAUCUCCCCCCAAAGAGGGCCCAAGGCCGGGGGGUCCUCUCUCACCAUCAGAGGCCGCAGACUGAGGACCGGACACCCCAGUGAGGUCAGCGUCCUCAUCGGAGGAGUGCCAUGUAUAGUGUUAAACAUCCAGGAGGAUCAGAUCAGCUGUCUGACCAGAGGCAGCAACCGGACAGGAGAACACGGCAUCACUGUGCGGUUUGGUGGCACAGAGCGCCACCUGCAGGGUUUGGUCUAUCAUUACACCCCCAACCCCAACAUCUCAAUGGCUGCUCCCUCAAAAAGCUUCCUCAGUGGAGGCCGAAUCAUCAGAGUUUCUGGUCAGAACCUGGACGUGGUCCAAGAGCCUAAAAUGAGGGUCACCCUCAGUCCUCCUGAUACUCUCCCUCCCCGGAGGAGAAGGAGCAUCGGAAGGAGGAAAGAAGGAGGCCGGCACCGUAGACAGGAGCAGCAGGGUCCCCUGAGGAGGUGGAGGAGGAUCGUCCCGGAGGCAGACUGCCCCGUGGGGACACUCUGUCACGUCAAACAGUACAAGUCUCGCUGCACAGUGAACAGCUCCUCCCUCAUCUUGUGUCCCACUCCGGCGGUCGGUCCAGAGGCCAGGAGGGCUAGGGUCAAAGUUCAUUUCCUGUUGGACAGCCUCCACUUUGACUUCAGCAGCGUGGGGAAUGCAGCCUUCAGCUACGAGCCCAACCCGCAGCUCUACUCACUGAACCAGAACGACCCGAGCAAACCCUACCACCACAAACCUGGAAGCAUCAUCUCUGUGGAGGGAGAGAAUCUGGAUCUAGCCAUCCACAAACACGAGGUGGAGGCUCGGAUAGGGGCGGGGGUGUGUUCGGUCAAGACCCUGACCCACAACCACCUCUACUGUGAACCGCCGACUCAGCAGCCCUCAGUCACAGCCAGCAAGAAACAGGACGGCAUGGACAGCCUGCCGGAGUUCACCGUGAGAAUGGGGAACCUGAACUUCUCUCUGGGCAGAGUGCAGUACGACAGCCAGGCCCAGUCUACCUUUCCUCUGGAGGCUCAGGUGGGAGUCGGGGUGGGAGCCUCCAUAGUGGCUCUCAUUGUGCUCAUCAUAGUCCUCAUAUACAGGAGGAAGAGCAAACAGGCCAUGAGGGACUACAAGAAGGUGCAAAUCCAGCUGGAGAACCUGGAGACCAGCGUGAGAGACCGCUGUAAGAAGGAGUUCACAGACCUGAUGACAGAGAUGAUGGACAUGUCCAGUGACUUGGUGGGAUCAGGGAUUCCCUUCCUGGAUUACAGGGCGUACGCCGAGCGCAUUUUCUUCCCCGGCCACCAGGAGUCGCCACUGAGACGAGAUCUGGACGUCCCUGAGAGUCGGAGGCAGACUGUGGAGCAGGGCCUGGUCCAGCUGUCCAAUCUGCUCAACAGUAAACUCUUUCUCACCAAGUUUAUUCACACUCUGGAGGUCCAGCGGACCUUCUCCCCGAGGGACCGGGCCUAUGUGGCCUCUCUGCUGACCGUAGCGCUGCACGGGAAACUGGAGUACUUCACAGACAUCCUGAAGACGCUGCUCAAUGAUCUAGUGGAACAGUAUGUUGCCAAGAACCCCAAACUGAUGCUCAGAAGGACAGAAUCGGUUGUUGAGAAGCUUUUGACAAACUGGAUGUCCAUCUGUCUGUUUACAUUUCUGAGGGAAUCAGCAGGGGAGUCGUUCUACAUGCUGUUCAGAGCCAUAAAGCACCAGGUGGACAAGGGACCCGUGGACGCCGUGACAGGAAAAGCCAAGUACACACUGAAUGACAACAGGCUGCUGCGAGAGGACGUGGAGUACCGCACACUGACUCUGAAUGUUGUGAUGCCAGCUGCCGCCACCAGCGGAGGCACCACCACCCAAACGGUUCCUGCCAAAGUCCUGGACUGUGACACCAUCACCCAAGUGAAGGAGAAACUUUUGGAACAAACCUGGAAGGGAACCUCCUUUUCCCAGAGGCCACACAUUGACUCACUACACCUCGAGUGGCGUGCAGGUGUUGCAGGUCACCUAAUCCUAUCAGAUGAGGACCUGACAUCAGUAGUGCACGGCUUAUGGAAGCGCCUCAAUACACUGCAACACUACAAGGUUCCUGAUGGAGCAACAGUGGCACUGGUGCCCAGAAACACCAAGAAUCACCUCCACGACAGCCACGACUACAUGCCUGGAGAGAAGACCCCCAUGCUGGAUGACGGGGAGGAGGGAGGAGUGAGGCUGUGGCAUCUGGUGAAAGCCAGCGAGGAGUCGGAGCUGCCCAAACACAGGAGAGGCAGUGUGAGGGAGCGAGGAGGCGAGAGGGCCAAGGCCAUCCCUGAGAUCUACCUCACACGCCUGCUCUCCAUGAAGGGCACGCUGCAGAAGUUCGUGGAUGAUUUAUUCACUGCCAUCCUCAGCACCAGUCGUCCUGUACCUCUGGCUGUCAAAUACUUCUUUGACUUGUUGGAUGAGCAGGCUCUGCAGCACAACAUCACCGACCCUGAGACCAUCCACAUCUGGAAAACCAACAGUUUACCGCUGCGGUUCUGGAUCAAUAUCCUAAAAAACCCACAGUUCAUCUUUGACGUGCAGACCUCAGACCAUGUGGAUGCUGUGCUGUCUGUCAUCGCCCAGACCUUUAUGGAUUCCUGCACCAUUGCUGACCACAAACUGGGACGGGACUCUCCCAUCAACAAGUUGCUGUACGCCAGAGACAUCCCGCGCUACAAACAGAUGGUGGAGAGGUACUACGCAGACAUCCGUCAGACCAUCUCGGCCAGCGACCAGGAGAUGAACUCCGCUCUAGCAGAACUCUCUCGUAAUUAUGCUGCUGAGGUCAACUGCCUUGUGGCUUUACAUGAGCUGUACAAGUACAUCAACAAAUACUAUGAUCAGAUCAUCACAGCCCUGGAGGAGGACUCCACCGCCCAGAAGAUGCAGCUUGGUUACCGGCUCCAACAGAUUGCUGCUGCUGUAGAAAACAAAGUCACGGACCUAUGACCCAGAGGACGGGACACAUGUUUCCUUUAACCUUGAAGAAGAGGACAAAGAUGAGAGAUGGUUCUGUCUCCUGGGGAAAAAAAAGCUAAAUCUUUUCUUUUUUUAAGAUGGAGACAAAGGAACAUUGUGGCACAUGCUGUCAUUUUAUCUUAAGGCCAUGUUUCCUGAUCCACAGGCCUGACACUAGUGAAGUGAGACUGCUCUGAAGGGGAAAAUAAAGAAGAAAAUGUGAAAUGAAGCACAGUGAAACAAAGGAAUGUCCUCUGAACUAUGACUUCUCUCAUGUUGCAUUCAAAGGGAGAGACAAUAUGAAAGAGAUCUUUCUGUUUUUCUUCGGUCUCUACGUGUCUCGAGGGACUUGAAAACGUGGACGAGGAGGAAAAGGGAUAAAGAAGCGCUUUAAUGCUUUUCUACCACGUUAUGUCAAAAUCUUACGUAAAGGACAAACAGAUGAUGACAAAGUGCCGCGCAAGCGCUUAUUGGAACAAUGUUUUCAUUCUGCUUUUAGCUUCCUUAAAUCAUUUUACCAAGUCUUACUUUAAUUAGCUGUGAUUGGACAGUUUGGUCUUCUGUGCAAACAGGAUUUUCAAAAAAAAAAAAAAAAAAGAAGGUUCACAUCGCCAGGUGCCCUUUUACUGUGAUUUGUAGAUGCUGCCUGUAGUUUGAACUUUUGUAAAAAUGUUGAUUUUACUGCUACUGCUAUUGUGAAUGUUUCUUUUCUUAGGUAAUGUUUUGCAAAUUUUAUCAACUUUGUAAACAAUUUUUUUAUGUAUUACCCAA